CUUGCCCCGCUCAGCUCUUUCCCCUCUCCCCGCAGCCUGGAAGAUGAGCAGCUCAGAGGAAGUGUCCUGGAUCAGCUGGUUCUGCGGCCUGAGAGGAAACGAGUUCUUCUGCGAGGUAGAUGAAGAUUACAUCCAGGAUAAGUUUAACCUGACGGGUCUGAAUGAGCAGGUCCCGCACUACAGACAGGCGCUGGACAUGAUCCUAGACUUAGAGCCAGAUGAAGAGCUAGAAGAUAACCCCAAUCAGAGCGACCUCAUCGAGCAGGCGGCGGAGAUGCUGUACGGUCUGAUUCACGCUCGCUAUAUACUAACGAACCGCGGCAUCGCACAGAUGCUGGAAAAAUAUCAGCAAGGAGAUUUCGGCUACUGCCCCCGCGUGUAUUGUGAGAACCAGCCCAUGCUGCCCAUCGGUCUCUCGGAUAUCCCCGGGGAAGCCAUGGUUAAGCUGUACUGUCCCAAGUGUAUGGAUGUUUAUACUCCCAAGUCCUCGCGUCAUCACCACACAGAUGGAGCGUAUUUCGGCACUGGAUUCCCUCACAUGCUGUUCAUGGUGCACCCGGAGUAUCGGCCCAAGAGACCAGCCAAUCAGUUUGUCCCAAGGUUAUACGGCUUCAAGAUCCACCCUAUGGCAUACCAGCUCCAACUUCAGGCAGCCAGUAACUUCAAAAGUCCCGUGAAGACCAUGCGCUAAUUCUUUCCCAUUGUACGGUUUGAAGAGAUAUCCCCUGAUCCCAACACCUUGUCAAUCAAGGAGAGUUGUCAAUUUCAGUGUAUGAUUUCCUGGCCCUGUUUUGAUUUUUGUCCUGUUUAAGAGUGUGUUCUUACAACCUUCCACUGUGGAUAAAUAAAGUUAUAUAGAACAA